AUGCAGACCGAAUCGCUCUAUCUCUUCGGCGGUGACAGCCCGUGGGACGCCGCCAAAUGGACGGCUUCCGAUGACCGCGUCCGCGGCGGCUCCAGCACGUCGUACCUGACCGUCACCGACGCGGAGCGGGCCUGCUUCCACGGCCAUCUCGACACCAAGACCCUGGGCGGCGCCGGCUUCGCGUCCCAGCGCACCGUCGGCGUCCUCGCCCUCGACCUGUCCGGCCACGCGGGCCUGGUCCUAUCCCUCGGCGGCGGCGGGUCGGGCCACAAGUAUACUCUUACCCUCAAGGACACUAUCCCCGGCGACCGUGGUGACGGCCGCGAUCAGGCCGGUAUCAGCUGGGAAACGGACUUUGAGGCGCCGAGCGAGGGUGGCGAUGUGCUGCUCCCGUGGGACAAGUUCCGCGCGACGUACCGGGGACGAGACAAGCCCGAUGCGGAGCCGCUGGAUUUGAGCUCUAUCAAGAGGGUUUCUUUGAUGUUGCGGAGUUUCUUUGGAGCGCAGGACGGCGACUUUGAGCUUGUGAUACAUGCCAUUGUGGCCAAGGCUUCGUUCUCCGAAGACGGUGACUCGGAUGAUGAGGGCGAUGGCUUGCAAAAGCCAGUUGUUAAGGUUGCAAGGCAGGAUGAGACGCCGCCAGCGCGGUCGUGGUGGCGGAUGUUGUUCUGCGGGUUGCUAUGA